ACAAUCCUCACAAGCGACUACAUAUACAGCAGAAUUAAGAGUAGCACUAAGGAAAAAAAAGAAUGAAAGUUAUCUACUUCCUUGUUGCCAUCUUGGCUUUGGCAUCCUCCAUUGUCUCUGCCUAUGACCCUAGUCCGCUGCAAGAUUUUUGUGUGGCAACCAAUGAAACCAACGGUGUAUAUGUGAAUGGAAAAUUCUGCAAACAUCCCAACCUCACGAUUCCUGAAGAUUUCUUCAGACAUGUGGAACCCGGGAGCACUGCCAACCAAUUGGGCUUAGGACUGAGUCCUGUGAAUGUUGCACAAUUACCUGGACUAAACACGCUUGGCGUGUCUAUGUCUCGCAUAGAUUAUGCACCAAAGGGUUUAAACCCUCCACACACUCACCCUCGAGGCACUGAGAUGCUUAUGGUCAUGGAAGGCACUCUUUUUGUUGGAUUUGUCUCCUCCAACCAAGACAAUAAUCGUCUCUUUUCCAAAGUGCUCAACAAGGGUGAUGUGUUUGUGUUCCCAAUUGGGCUCAUUCAUUUCCAAUACAAUGUGGGGAAAGGCAAUGCUGUUGCCAUCACUGCUUUUAGCAGUCAAAAUGCAGGAGUUAUCGGUAUUUCAAGUGCUGUGUUUCUGUCUACUCCACCUAUUCCUUCUGAGAUUCUCGCCAAAGGUUUCCAAGUGGGAGAGAAUGUAAUUGAUGAGUUUCGUUGAUACCAGAACAACUAAUCGAUAAUAUGGACAAUCACUUCACACUAGCUACUUAAUAAGUCAAGACUUCGGUGUUUCAAGCAACCUAUGCAAGUUUUUUUUUUUUUAAUAUAUAUAUAUAUAUAUCAGCGAGCACCCUAUGCAAUUGACCUACAAAUGAUUGCAAUUAUACUAAAUAAAAUGUUUGUGGGUUGUAUAUAUGUACUUUUAUCAGUUGUUUUGUUUGGAUUUUGAUUUGGUUUAA